AUGAUUAGGUUUGGCUGUACUCAAACCCUCCCGCCCUCCGCCCAGGUGGACGUCACCAUCGUGACGCAGGAGGUGGACCGCACGGUGUCGUACAUUCAACACCGCUACAUCGACUACGAGAAGAAGUUCGGGGAGGGCCUGAGCCCACAGCUGUCGCCUUUCCUGGAGCGCCACAAGGAUGGCAAACGUGAGCUGAAAGUGGAGGGCGUGGACUCCAGCGGCCGCGCAGUGAGCCAGAAGAUUGUGCUAAGCGAGGCGCCCAUCGAUGGCCACAAGUUUGGCGGAACCAUGCGCGACUGCGAGAAGAUGUGCAAGGCAUUCGCCAAGCUGACCGUCCAGAAUCUCACCGAGCGGAUGGCGGAUCUUCGUCGCAUGGGCGGAACGAGGCUGUUCAAGGUGGAAUCGUGGCCCCCCAAGCAAGACACACGCGAGAGGCGCUUUUGCGCAUGCCUGGUGUUGUUUGGCUAA